UCUCGGGGUGCAGCCCCCCCUCCCCCGGGGCCCGCCCCGUCCCCGCCUCGGGCUCCUCCUGCUCGGAGCUGGCGGCGCCGCCGCCGCCCCGCGGGUCCGGGCUGCUUUAUCCCCGCGCCAUGCCAUCCCUCAACAUCACCCCGGAGCAGUUCGCGCGGCUCCUGCGGGACAACAACGUGACGAGGGAGCAGUUCAUCGCCCUCUACGGGCUACAGCCGCUCGUCUACAUCCCGGAGCUGCCCGGGCGCACCAAGGUGGCUUUCGUCCUCAUCUGCGUGCUCAUCUUCGCCCUGGCGCUCUUCGGCAACUGCCUGGUGCUCUACGUGGUGACCCGCAGCAAAGCCAUGAGGACCGUCACCAACAUCUUCAUCUGCUCCCUGGCGCUCAGCGACCUCCUCAUCGCCUUCUUCUGCGUCCCCUUCACCAUGCUGCAGAACAUCUCCUCCAACUGGCUGGGCGGUGCCUUUGCUUGCAAGAUGGUAUCGUUUGUUCAAUCCACUGCUAUUGUGACUGAGAUUCUUACGAUGACCUGCAUUGCUGUGGAAAGACACCAGGGAAUUGUGCAUCCACUGAAAAUGAAAUGGCAAUACACCAAUAAAAGAGCUUUCACGAUGCUUGGCAUAGUCUGGUUGCUGGCAGUUAUUGUUGGGUCACCUAUGUGGCAUGUGCAACGGCUUGAGGUUAAAUAUGACUUUCUAUAUGAAAAAGUGUAUGUUUGCUGCUUGGAAGAAUGGGCCAGUCCGAUUUAUCAGAAGAUAUAUACGACCUUUAUUCUUGUUAUACUCUUCCUUCUUCCACUGAUGUUAAUGCUUUUUUUAUACACUAAAAUUGGCUAUGAACUCUGGAUUAAGAAACGAGUGGGAGAUGCUUCAGUUCUUCAAACCAUUCAUGGGAGUGAAAUGUCUAAAAUAUCAAGGAAGAAGAAGCGAGCAAUUGUUAUGAUGGUGACAGUGGUGUUUCUCUUUGCAGUCUGUUGGGCCCCUUUCCAUGUGAUUCACAUGAUGAUAGAAUACAGUAAUUUUGAAAAGGAGUAUGAUGAUGUGACAGUAAAAAUGAUCUUUGCAAUUGUCCAGGUUAUAGGAUUCUUCAAUUCUAUUUGCAACCCCAUUGUGUAUGCUUUCAUGAAUGAAAACUUCAAGAAGAAUUUUUUGUCUGCCAUCUGCUUCUGCAUUGUCAAAGAAAAUGCAUCCCCAGCCAGGCACCUCGGGAAGUCGGGGAUUACUAUGAGGCGUCAAAAAGCAAGUGUUUCUCAAAGAGAUCCCAUUGACUUGGACGAAGCCAGGAGGGAGGCAUUCAGCGAUGGCAACAUUGAAGUCAAAUUCUGCGAUCAGCCAGCUUCAAAAAGGAAUUUGAAAAGGCAUCUUGCCUUAUUCAGCUCUGAGCUUACUAUGCCUUCUGCAUUAGGAGGUGGGCAGUAGCAUCGCAAAGGUUUGGAGAAUGGAAAAAAGCAUUUUCUGUAUGUGGUGACUUUGAAUAAGCCAUUUAAAGUAGUUUUCUACUUUGUAUGCUGAAAUGAGGGGGAAAAUAUUUUGUGGAUUCUUAUAACGUUGGGAUAAUGGUUGAGAAAAUGUAGUAUAUUUUAUAAGGAUGAAGAGUAAAACUUUAGGAAACAGUAUUACUCUAUGAUUUCCAGAAAAAAAAAAAAGGCACAACAUUUUUCUUCCAAAACUGACUUAGGGCUUGUUUGCCCUCUGCUUUAGGUAAACAAAGGAACUGUUGCUUGCUCUGUUUAUUCUGUGUCUGGAGGCUGGCACACUGCUAGAUCAUACACAGCUGAAUGCCAGAAGACAGGAACUGUGCAGAGAGUGCAUACUUGGACAAUUUGCAAAUCUGACACGGGUCUAAUGUUGUAAGAUCUGCUUUCUGCAGCUCUAAGGAUAGAAGAGCUUCAGAUGUGAGCUCAGGAAGAAAGACUGAGAUACAAUUCUCUCUUGGAAAAAAAGUACAUGAAAGAGCCAGCAGGGAUUAAAUUCUGAAGAGAUUAAGAUUUAAACACUGCAUGCAUGUUCAGAUUUUGUUAACAGGAAGCAUAUUAGAGAUUAGUAAUGCAUGCAUAAUUAGUGUGCUGUUUUUACAGGUUAAUUCUUGGGUACAAAUUUAAAUGCCAGUGUACUGCCCUGUAAACUGCAGUGUUCUGCUGAAAAACUCAGAAGGUGAAAAAAUGCUGUACAAAAGUGUCCAGAUGCUGGAGGUGUGGUCUGUAGAGUAAACACAUGACUUUAAUUUACAGUCAUGUUUGGGUAUGUCAUUUACAAGUUGAAAGUGUGAUGUUGCCAUUUUCUGGAGAGAAAAAAAGGUCGUGUCCAGAGCCUGCUGGGACUGUAUGGAAGACUUUCAAUUGAAUAUCACAGUCUUUUGACCAGACAGUUAUCUGAAGGCAUGCACUAAUUUUUCUGUCUCUCCAUCAUCACUGGAUUAAUUACUAAGAACGGGGCCAAUGUUCUAUUAUGUUUAGGUUUCAAUGUUCUAUUAUGUUUAGGUUUCACAGUACGUUAUGGGGUUGAAAUCCAUGUAAGUUCUAAACAUUUUUGCUCUCAGAGGGUCUAACUCAAAAAUUGUGAAAGGAUGCUUACAGGUGUGGACUAGGGGAAACCUGAUCUGGGACGGUCCACAGUGAUCUGAUCCCAUAAAUGGGCUUUGAAAUGCGUAACUUCCAACUCCAGCUAAGGUCUGUUUAGAUCAUUCAAUAGCCUGUGAAAUGUUGGUGCUCUCUUCUGUCAUCCCUUACCUGAGGGACCUUCCUUGACAGUAAAUUUUAAGAUUUUUUUUCCAUUGCUACUUUAUGCUUCAUUGUUGUGCUGGUUUUGGCUGGGAUAGAGUUAAUCUUUUUUGUGUUUUGGACUUAGCUGGAAACAGUGUUGAUAACAGAGGGAUGUUUCAGCUGCUGCUGGGCAGUUGCUGCACAGACUCAAGGCCUUUUCUGCUUCUCACCCCACCCCACUUAGGAGUGGUCUGGGGCUGCACAAAAUGUUGGGAGGGAACACAGCAGGACAGCUGACCCCAGCUGACCCAAGGGAUAUUCCAUGCUGUAUGAUAUCACACUCAGCUUAUAAAGCUGGGGGAAGAAGAAAGAAGUUGUGGAAGUUCAGAGUAGGGGUGCUUUGUCUUCCUGAGUAACCGUUAUAUGUGACAGCCCUGCUUCCCUGGAGAUGGUGAACACCUGCCUGCUAUGGAAAGUAGUGAAUUAAUUCCUUAUUUUCCUUUCCUUGUGUGCGUGGCCUUUGCUUUACCUAUUAAACUGUCUUUAUCUCAACUCAUGAGUUUUCUCACUUUUACUUUUCUAGUUCUUUCCCUCAUGGCACUGGGGGCAAAUGGCUGUGGGUGGCUUAGUUGCUGGCUGGAGUUAAAUCAUGACAAUGGUAAAGUAAAACUUAGUCUAAAUUACUCUUAGACAAAUUGGAAGGAAUCUGUUCCUUUGGUAACUUUUACAAGUUUCCAUGAGAUAAGGCAUUCUGAUAAUGGUUUGUGACAUAGUCUUUGUUUACGUAUAUAUUACUUAUAUUGUAUAUGUUACAUUUCCGUGCAAUGACCUGACUUUUCCUGACAGCCAGAAAUUAAGAGCAUUCCUAUUUACAUAAGCAUAUACCUUAGAUAAAAUAACAGUUUUGGAGAGCAUUGUGUAUGUAAAACAGCGUGGGUGAGGUCAGGUUCUGCUUUAGAUAGUCACCAGGCAUGGCCUUUGAAUAGCGCUGUAAGCUGUGACAGCAAUUUUUGCCUGCAAUUACAACUGUGACUUCCUUUUUCCUUUCUGUCGUAGCUUGUCUUUUGUCUUUCUAGAACAAGGGUCUUCUACUGGUCUUUUUUGCCCUGGAGAUCAGGGGCUAACAGUGAGUUAUUAUUACAAUUUUCCUCAGUUGGUCUAAGGUUUAUCUGGCUGAUGAUGAGAACUAUGUGUUAUGAUAUAUUUGUAACUGAAAAACAAUUUAUUUUAAGCUUUUUGUUUAUUUGCACUGCUAAUUUCAGUGACAAUUUUUAACAGGUAUUUAACAAAAACUUACAAGUAUAUUAUGGUUUUGUUUCAGCUUAUCUGUUUCUUCUGUUGUCUCCUAAAAUGUUAUGUCAACAAGUAACUACUAUAAUAUUAUAUUAAUUUUUUCAUUAAGAUUCCUUUUUGCAUUGCUGAUACUAUUUUGCAGUGGGAGCAUCUGCUAUAAUCUUCACUUCUUGAGUCUUUCUAUCUUUAAAGAUUCAUGUAAGUUUGUAUAUGCUUUUUAAGUGAAUAAAUUCCUGUCCUGUUACAGGUGCCAGCUGUUACUGGAAUCCUGAGAGACGUGAUUUAAAGGAUUUUACAGAAUAAGUUGAGAGAGGGGGGAAAAAAACCUUCCAGUCUCUUGGUAGGAGAGAAAUCAUAAAUGUUUCAAUACAGAUAUAUGUGGCUACUGUUAGAUUAAAUAUAAACCAAACUACUAAAGACAGUUCUCAUUCCAUCCCUAAUGGUAACUCUAUUAUUUGUGCGUUUUUGACACAGUAGUUUUCUCAGAGCUGUAUAAUUUGUGAGAAGGCCUAGCUGCAGGGAAUAGAAAACCUUUUAUUGACUUAAGCAGAACCGGGAUUUUGCCCACGUUGUUUUUUAACCUGUCAGAGCUUCAACUUCGAUUUAACUAAAGAAACAAAUCAUGUUGAAUUGAGUCAGUUGUCAGUCCAGGCUAGAAACCUGUCUCUUGCUGUCCUUCCAGCUUGCCUGCUUGUUCCCAUCUUAUAUUAACAGAAUUGCAUGGUGGAUAUGAUCAGAAAAAAAUCUGGCUAAUGGUUUUAUGGGAGAACAGAAAAGAUAACCAUGCUCAUUGCCCUAAACUCAGAAUAAUUAUCAAAAGUGUUGUGUUCUUUGAGUAGAAGUGCUUCCUCAAAAAAAGUUUCUUUCUAAUAUCUUAGUUAUGAAUCACUUAUUUCUUUGAUUUGAUCAAAUUAAAAAGAAACUUAGUUUAUUUUCAGCUGUAAACCUUGAAGUCGCAUUGAGAUAAUGCCGGGAACUGGCAUGUGGGUGAAGAAAGGAACCUUGAAGGACACAGUGAACUGAACAGAGACUCUGGAAAUAUGAAUGGACCAGGAAGAAGUGUCAGAUGUGUGAUCUUGCUCCACUGAAAUCAGAAAGUAUAAACAACGAAAAAAAGUAAUGGCAACUCACGGAGAUAAGUUCAAAUUGAAGCGUGAGGGGACAGAUUUUAUUGAGAGUUAGAAGACUGGAAUUAAAAAAUAUCAAUAUGAGCCUGUUCCAAGGAGUAACGGGAGGCAGCCUUGCUCCAGGUGUCAACAUGACCAUGAAGCCAGCAGGCAAGUGUGAUGUGCCUGCAUCAAGGGGGCUGUGCUCACUUGGAACUCUUCCCGAUAGACUCCCUGAAGCUCUCAGUCCAUCUAGCAAAGUUGGUCUUGGUUAUACUGCAGCAGAGCUCUUUCAUUAUGAACAUUGAAGGUACUUUUACUUUGCUCAUACCUCCAAGAACUUACUGAUUUAAAUCCUCAUUGCAUCAUAACCUGACCUCUGCAGCAAAACUUAUUUAAGAGUGAGAAAGGAGCCUGAAGGUUUCUUAAAUUUUUACUAAAGACAAUUUGCCUCUGCUUACCGAUACCUGGACUACUGAGCUCCUGCUGGCAGCCAAAGUCAGAACCAAAAUUCCUACUGAUUUCAGAGCAAGAAGUAGAGUUUACAAAUAACAAACUCCAGUAUAAAACAAACUUGAAUGACUACUAUUUGCAGCACAGUCAGAAGUAGUGUUCAACAGAGAUGCGGCAAAAGGCCAGCAGUAUGAACGCUGAGAAGAAUAUUUGUCACGUUGGAGCUUAUGUGCUUUGCGCUGUGGAGCAGAUUUAAUUUCAGGAUAUUUGGAGGAAGGGGUAUAACUGUGAUAAAAUGCAACCAUUGGUCCAUCUGAGCCGGAGAGAAGUAGAAAAUGGUCUCUGCUACCUGAACUGAGAGGUCAAUACAGGGGACCUGUUCUAUUAAAAAGCCACGCACAAAACUCUUACUAUAAAAGAACAACAGUCGUACAAAGGGAUUCACUGUGAGCAGCUCAAAAGGAAGAAUAAAGAUGCAGCGGAUCAUCUAGAAUUGUGCCCUCAUCAGUGUGUUGACAUGGAAAGACGCAGAGUGAAACAAAUGCUCAAGGCCGUCUUGGAUGCGCAUGGG